AAAUUUAAUAACGACAGUUGAAAUAACGAGCUAAAAAUAACAAAAACAAAGUAAUACUUCCUCACAUACACACGCCAACCGGCAUACAACCCCACGUUCAUCGGCCGACGCGCCUAUUUAUCCACAAAUUGUACACAGUAUGGAGCAAUUUAUGCGCGAAUAUGCCGUGCGGAGCAUCCUGCCACAUCUGCACACCUCCGGCGGCGGUGCGGUGCAGCGUUACGUACGCUAUGCAUUAAACUCGGCUAUCGCGAAUAGCCGCAGUAGCAGCAGCAGCGGCAACAACAGCCUACUCACCGCCGGCGAACUGGGUGCCUACAGUGCCGAGAGCAGCAGCGACUAUUACUUUAUCACAUCUGCAUCCGAUGCCCAGCAAUUGCAUAACGACAGUGAAAGUGUCAUAGCUGCAGCGCCCGUGACAUCCGCUGAACUUAUGUCGCAGCGGCUGACCUACAACGAAAGCAGCAAUGAUGCCGCCGCCGGAAGCCCAUCCGUACUGGUCUUAUCAUCGCUCAAAAUGACAAUGAAAAAUGUAGCCAAUUUUGCUAAUACCACAGCUGCAGCGGCAGCGGCAGCGGCAUCUACAGCCAUAGAUGCAGCCACAGACGUGGAAUUUGAUGAGGCGUAUGGCUUUGACGAUAUUAAUAUAACCAGCAUUAUCUGUGAUGAUACAGCGCAGAAUAGCACCGAGGAGGUAUCGGCGCUGUCGACUGUCUACUUUAAAACCGCCGUCUAUCUGAUGUACAUUCCGAUUUUUGUGUUUGCGCUGCUGGGAAAUGGUACUGUGUGCUAUAUUGUGCAGUCGACACCACGCAUGCGCACCGUUACAAAUUAUUUCAUAGCCAAUUUGGCUGUGGGUGAUAUACUGAUGUCGCUAUUUUGCGUGCCCUUUUCGUUUGUUUCGAUUUUCAUUUUGAAUCAUUGGCCUUUCGGCACAGUGCUGUGCAAUCUGGUCAAUUACUCACAGGCGGUGUCUGUGCUGGUGAGCGCUUAUACGUUGGUCGCAAUUAGUAUCGAUCGAUAUAUUGCGAUAAUGUGGCCGCUGCGACCGCGAAUAACGAAAAGGCUUGCAAAGUUCAUCAUAGCUGGAGUUUGGUUCAUUGCCUUGGCCACGGCGGUGCCCAUACUCAUCGUAUCCAAGUUGACACAGCCGGAGCGCUGGUUUGUCGAGUGUCAGCGAUACAUUUGUCGCGAGGAGUGGCCGUCCAAUGAACAAAACUACUACUACACUUUGGCGCUGCUAACACUGCAGUUCCUCGUCCCUUUGACCGUGCUCGUCUUCACCUACACACGCAUCGCCUGCGCCGUUUGGGGCAAACGACCGCCUGGCGAGGCAGAGAACUCACGCGAUCAACGGAUGGCACGCUCAAAGCGAAAGAUGAUUAAGAUGAUGGUCACAGUUGUUAUUGUAUUCACCAUAUGUUGGCUGCCUUUCAAUGUGCUUGUGCUUCUACUCAACGACGAUGACUUCAACAUGUGGGACCCAUUGCCCUACUUUUGGUUUGCAUUCCAUUGGCUAGCCAUGUCGCACAGCUGCUACAAUCCCAUCAUUUAUUGCUACAUGAAUGCUCGCUUUCGUGGUGGAUUCCUGCAGAUUAUUUAUCGUGUGCCAGGUUUGCGUCGAUGUUGUUGCCUGCGUCGUUAUUUGCAUAAUCGUGGCGACCGAAAUUAUGAUGCUACCGGUGAGAUGACCUUCAAAUUCAAUGCUGAUAAUGGUGGAGGUCUGUUGAGGAAACCUAAAAUACGCAUUAGGCACGGACGAUGCAUUCCACUUGCAGCGGGUGAACACCUCAACCACAUACAUCAGCACACGAAGAAAACUCCGAGCGAAUUCCAUGCAAAUGAGUCAAUUUUCAUGUGCCGAACCCACAGUGUUGCGGUAGUGCCAGCCCCAUAGGUGUGGGCAAUCCCGCAUCUCCGUACCGCCCACAAGAACGAAUAUUCAGCCGCCCAUCAGCAAGUCGCGUUUUGUGUGACGAAAGUUAUGUGAUACAGAAUAAACGCACAUACACAUAUGAAUAUGUACAUAUGUAUGUAUGUAUAAAUUAUAUAUCUUCACGCGAAUUUACGGCACUUUGAAAAGCAGUAUCAGCUGCAUAUGGAAAUUGUUUAAGCUAAUUUACAUACAUAUGCACUUAUGUACUUAUGUGUGUCUAUACAUAUUUAUGUAUGAACAUGCGAGUGAAAUUGUACUUUAGCACUGGCAUCUGACGUGCAUAUACAUAU